AUUUCAUUCUAAGAAGUUUUUUUUAAGCUACCUUUAUGGACUACAUUUUGUAGUGGUGCACUUAUUAAAAACAUAGGCGUCAUAAUAAUUGCAUAGCAAUUUCAAUUGUCAAUUCACUCGAAAAAGAGCUAUAUUUACACACGCGCUUGAAACACACAACAUACACAUUACGAGCAAAAUGGUGGACGCUGCCAGGCAAAUGCUCGAUGAGCUAAUGGGGCGCAAUCGUAAUUUGCAUCCUUCGGAGGCAGGACAAGCAGUCAAUUGGGAAGAUCCAGAGUUCUGUCAAUUCUACAAUGUGAAAUUCUGCCCGCACGAUCUUUUUAUAAAUACGCGCGCCGAUCUUGGUCCUUGCACGCGUAUCCACGACGAAGAGGCCAAGCAUCUGUACGAGGAGGCACGCCCGUCACAGCGGAAACGGCACACCGAAGAUGAGUUCCUUCGUUUUUGUAAUGUCAUGUUGCACGACGUGGAUCGGAAGAUACAAAAGGGCAAGCAACGCCUGCAGCUAAUGCAGCGCGACCAACCGCAAAACGUGCCACAAGUGAGCAGGCACCAGGAGCAGCUAAAUAAUCUUAAUGCGAGAAUCAACAAACUAAUGGCCGAGGCCGAAGAGGCUGGCAUACGCGGCGAUGUCGACCAGGCACAGGAUCUCAUGACACUCUGUGAAGAGCUCAAAGAGGAAAAGGAGACGAUGCGGCAGCAGCAGCAGCAGCACCUACAAAAUAAGACAAACAUAACACCACCAGCGAUCACACCCACGCCUUCAACGAAUGCCAACGAGCCACAUAGCGGCGACGAGGCACCUGCACCAGCGCCAGCACCAAAGGCAUCCAGUCCACUGGCUAACAGCAGUGAAGUGGGCGCCAAUGACAGUGCCGAGGCGAUUGAAACGCCCGCUGAGGAAGCAACAGCAGCAACAGUGACAGCACCUGGUAGUGACAGUGCCACCGAUGAUACCAAAACGGAUGCGAAAAUUGACGCAAAGGCAGACGCCAAAGCUGCUGCCAAUUGGUCACAUGAGACGCUCCCCGAGAAGCAAAUGAAGGUGUGCGAAAUCUGUGGCGCCUUUCUGAUUGUGGGCGAUGCACAACAACGAAUUGAAGAUCAUCUAAUGGGCAAGCAGCAUCUGGGCUACUCCAAGCUGCGCAAUGCCGUUACUGAGAUCAACGAGCGUCGCCAAAAAGAGCGCGAGGAGGAUGAGCGCAAGCGUCGCGAUGAUCGCAACGUGCCACGCUUUCAUACAACCUACGACAAUAGACGAGGCGACCUGCGCGGCGGCGAUUAUAGAGAGCGCAGUCGAGAUUAUGGACCCAGUCGGCAGUCAUCAGAGCGACGCCAUCAUCAUCACAAGUCACAUCAUGGGCAUUCAUAUUCGCGCAGCGGUAGCCACAGCAGCAGCGGCAACAGUCGCAGUCACCGUAGCAGCCAUUAUCGUCAUGAUAGUCGAGACCGUCAUUGUCGCAGUCGUAGUCGUAGUCGCUACUAGAUCUAGGCAACCAAAGUAACAACAACAAUGCAACAAGAGCAGCAACCAGAACCAAAUCAACACAACAAAAAACAGCAAACAAAA